GUCUGCGGUCUUCUGCACUUCGCGACGGGCGGAUCCUCGGUAACGUUUACGGCGAUGGCGUCGGAGGGGAUGGACAUGCGUCAUGCGCUAUUGAAGGCGGAGAGGACUGCGGUGGCAGCGGCCGUGAGUGCCGUCCUCUUCCGGUGCCAGUUGCAGAGGGGCGAGGGGAGGAUGAGAGCGGCCAUUCACGCGCGGCGGAAACAGACGCUGCAGUCGCCGUUUGUGGGGGGCGACGACAACGCUGCCAUUUGCGACGUCGUGCUGCAGGUGUGCUACGCCAUGGGGUGUGGAGCGUUCCCCAGAGUGACGCCCAAAUGGUGGAUGAAGCGACGUACAGGUGGCACUUGGGAGGAUCUCCGGCUAUGCGACGACGCGACGGCGGACUACUUCAGGGAGAAGCUACGAAUGUCGCCACGUGUAUUCCGAGAGAUAACGGAAGCUCUGUCUCCCUUCCUUGAGCGACGUGUCACUUUCUACAGGGAGCCCCUCCAGCCAGACCAGAUUGUCACCUACGCUUUGUACAGGUGGGCGUCGGGGGAGACAUACGAGAGCGGGACAUGCAGCUUUGGCAUUGGCAGAUCUUCCGGGUUGGUGGCGGUGCGGGAUGUGACUGCGGCGUUGCUCAGUGCGUUCCCUGACAAGAUCUCGUGGCCGACGGGUCUGCAGAAGGCGGUCGUCGUGGAUUUGAACUUGCGCGUGCUAGAUGUGUUCGUCGGUUACCCGGGAAGCUGCCACGACGUCAGGAUCGUCCAUCUGUCCAGUUUAUGGGCACGCGCGGAGGCGGGAGAGCUUUUCACCGGCCCACCUGUCAUGCUGCCUUUCGGUGUGCGUACGGACGGAUAUCUGCUGGGGGACAACGGGUACCCGCCCUCCGAAUGGGUUGUCGUCCCUUACGGCGGUGUAUCCCAAAACCCUGUGGAGAUGCGCUUCGAUAAUAAGCAGAAGACGGCGAGGGGCGCAGUGGAGAGGGCUUUUGGCAGACUGAAGGGGAUGUGGAGGUKGUUCCUUYGAUCCCACAAGACGAACAUGGAGACGUUGCCGCARCAGUUYGUSSMCGUCUGCAUUCUCCACAACAUCCUCAUCGAUGCGGGCAUCCCGUUCGACGACAAUCUGCUCUGGGAGGUCGGGCCGGAUGGUGUUCGUCGCAGGGUGGAUCUUGGGAUGGAUCGUCCCGUGAGGCAGAUGUGCAUGGAGUCCUCCACAGGGGAUGCCCUCAUUCUACGUGACGCACUGGCUGAGCGAAUGGCAGCACAGUGAAGACGCUGAGGCGAGCGGAGGGAUCGGCCUUGAUGGCGUGGCUAAGGCGAU